UUUCUCUCUCUUUCAACUCAUAUGCUCUUUCUCUCUCUCUAAAAUGUUUCUUUACUUUUUCUCUUUGUAUAUAAAAAGAGAACGAAAAAUAAUGGCGGUUGUGUAUUGAUUGAUUGGAGCUGAGAGAGUUUUAGAAAGAGAUAGAUAGAGAGAGAGAGAGGGAGGGGGGUAAAGCUAUAAGCCAUAUAGUAGCAAAGCCACCACGAGGAAGUAGUACCUUACACCAUUACCACCACUACCACUAGCAGAACCAGCUACCUUUCGUUUCCAUUAGUGGAAACAAAGCUGAAACGCAAACCCAACUCUGGAUUUUUGUUAUGCUUACAUAUAUAUACACUCACACAUAUAUAUACAUAUGUAUAUGAAUAUAUUCUCUGUUAAGAGUAUCUAAGCAUAUGUAAAUCAUUACGUACCUUAAAAAACUUUGCUCCUGGAAUGCAUAUGCUGAGCACUUGAAUCUUUCGUUAGCUGUAUUGAGAUCUGGGUUUUCACGGUGGUUUAAGGUGUGGCGUUCUGAAGUGGGAGAUCUGCUCUGCUCUGCUUCUUUUUAGCUUUGUUGGGUGUUUUAGCUAAGUGGGGUUUUUCUGGGUUUUCGCCAUAGAUGCUUGGUUUUGUGAGCUUAAGUUAAUUGGGUAGUUUGAGAAACUUGAGAAAGUGAAACUUUUUUUUUUAUUAUUAUUGUUAUUUUCUUUGUUAUUAAGUUGUGAAAAAAAUAGUCUUGAGAAUCUCGAGGUUUAGUGGCGAGUGUUGGAGUUGGGUUUUUGUAGCUGAAAAAUGUUGAUUGUUGUUGUUGUAGCAUGAAGUUGGUGAUUGGAAGAGGGUGAUCACAGAAGCGGAUGAGGCUGAAAUCAAUCUUGUUUUGCAGUGAAACUGGCUUUGGUUGAACUUUGGUUUCUUGUUCGAAGUUUCAGACUUGGAGAGAGAGCUCUGUGCAUGGACUGUAUUUGGUUUUAAAUGGGUUCCUUGUGGAGUCAAAAGAAAAGAAAAAUGAGGCUCUCUGCAGUUGGUUUUAGCCCUCAGCCCCAGGAAGGGGAGAAGAGGGUUUUGAAUUCUGAGCUCUGGCAUGCUUGUGCUGGUCCACUUGUUUCUUUGCCGGCUGUGGGAAGCCGGGUUGUUUACUUUCCACAAGGUCAUAGUGAGCAGGUUGCUGCGUCAACAAACAAGGAAGUGGAUGCACAUAUUCCUAACUAUCCUAGCUUACCACCACAGCUUAUUUGUCAACUUCACAAUGUGACGAUGCAUGCAGACGUUGAGACAGAUGAAGUGUACGCACAAAUGACUUUGCAGCCACUAAGUCCGCAAGAACAAAAGGAGGCCUACCUUCCAGCAGAGUUGGGCGCUCCCAGCAAGCAGCCGACAAAUUACUUUUGUAAAACCUUGACAGCCAGUGACACAAGUACCCAUGGAGGAUUCUCAGUUCCUCGCCGGGCAGCUGAAAAAGUGUUUCCUCCCUUGGACUUCUCCCAGCAGCCUCCAGCUCAAGAGCUAAUUGCAAGGGAUCUGCAUGAUAAUGAAUGGAAAUUUAGACAUAUAUUUCGUGGCCAGCCAAAAAGGCAUCUCCUUACAACUGGUUGGAGUGUUUUUGUUAGUGCUAAAAGACUUGUCGCUGGUGACUCGGUGCUCUUUAUCUGGAAUGAAAAAAAUCAGUUACUCCUUGGCAUCCGACGAGCAAAUAGGCCUCAAACUGUGAUGCCUUCAUCAGUUUUAUCAAGUGACAGCAUGCACUUGGGGCUUCUUGCUGCUGCUGCUCAUGCAGCUGCAACAAAUAGUCGCUUCACAAUUUUUUAUAACCCAAGGGCUAGUCCAUCAGAAUUUGUCAUUCCCCUGGCCAAGUAUGUCAAAGCAGUUUAUCAUACACGCGUCUCUGUUGGCAUGCGCUUUAGAAUGCUGUUUGAAACAGAAGAAUCAAGUGUUCGUCGAUACAUGGGCACAAUAACUGGCAUAAGUGACUUAGAUGCUGUUCGGUGGUCUAAUUCGCACUGGCGCUCGGUCAAGGUGGGCUGGGAUGAAUCAACAGCAGGUGAUAGGCAGCCUAGGGUGUCCCUGUGGGAGAUUGAGCCGCUAACAACAUUCCCCAUGUAUCCAUCACCGUUUCCCCUAAGGCUUAAGAGACCUUGGCCACCGGGACUGCCUGCUUUUCAUGGUAUGAAGGAGGAUGAUCUUGGCAUGAACUCUCAGCUUAUGUGGCUUCGAGGAGAUUAUGGAGAUCGUGGAAUCCAAGCUCUGAAUUAUCAGGGUGUUGGGGUCUCACCAUGGAUGCAGCCAAGGUUCGAUGCCUCAAUGCUUGGUCUGCAGCCUGACAUGUACCAAGCUAUGGCUGCUGCUGCACUUCAAGAAAUGAGGGCAGUGGAUCCCUCGAAACCAAUACCGACAUCCCUUCUGCAAUUCCAACAGACCCAAAAUCUCCCAAACAGGUCUGCUGCUGCUUCUUUGAUGCAGUCCCAAAUGAUGCAGCAAUCUCAACCUCAGCAGGUCUUUCUUCAAGGAAUGCAGGACAAUCAGCAUUCAGCACAGCCACAGCCUCAAACACAAUCACACCUUCUUCAGCAACAAUUGCAACAUCAGCAUUCGUUCAAUAGUAGUAAUCAGCAGCAGCAGCAGCAGCAGCUGCCUUCACAACAACAGCAGCAGCAACAACUAGUUGAUCACCAGCAAAUUUCAAGUGCCGUCUCUCCAAUGUCCCACUAUUCUUCAUCUUCUCAAUCCCAAUCACCAUCAAUGCAAACCAUCUCUUCGAUGUGCCAACAACAGAGUUUUCCUGAUUCAAACGGGACCGCUGUGACCAGCAGCAUUGUUUCUCCGUUGCACAGUAUAUUGGGUUCAUAUCCGCCUGAUGAAUCAUCCCACUUGCUCAACCUUCCUAGGAGCAACCUAUCCUCUUCGGUCUGGCCAUCAAAGCGUGCUGCGGUUGAACCUCUUAUGUCUUCUGGACCUCAAUGUGUUUUGCCUCAAGUGGAACAGUUAGGGCAGCCACAGACUAAUAUCUCCCAGAAUUCUGUUUCGCUGCCACCCUUUCCUGGCAGGGAGUGCACGAUUGACCAAGAAGGGAAUAAUGAUCCACAUAGUCAUCUUUUGUUUGGUGUCAAUAUAGAACCCUCAUCUCUUCUUAUGCAGAAUGGAAUGUCAAAUCUUAGGGGAGUAGGCAGUGAUAGUGACUCCACAACUGUACCGUUUCCUUCUUCUAGUUACAUGAGUACUACAGGAACCGACUUUUCACUUAAUCCUGCAAUAACACCUUCCAGUUGCAUUGAUGAAUCCGGUUUCCUGCAGUCUCCAGACAAUGCAGGCCAAGGAAACCAACCAUCCAGAACCUUUGUAAAGGUUUACAAGUCAGGGUCCUUUGGAAGGUCAUUAGAUCUCACCAAAUUCAGCAGCUACCGUGAGCUGCGAAGUGAACUUGCUCGCAUGUUCGGCCUUGAAGGCGAAUUGGAGGACCCCCUGAGAUCAGGCUGGCAGCUUGUAUUUGUUGACCGGGAGAACGAUGUUCUUCUCCUCGGGGAUGACCCCUGGCAGGAGUUCGUCAAUAGCGUUUGGUGUAUUAAGAUACUCUCACCACAAGAAGUGCAGCAGAUGGGCAAACGAGGCUUGGAACUUCUCCACUCAGUCUCAAUGCAGAGGCUGUCCAAUAACAGUUGCGACGAUUACCCGAGCUGUCAAGAUUCAAGAAACUUGAGCUCCGGGAUAACGUCGGUGGGGUCACUCGACUACUGAACAUUUUAACCGGUUAAAAAAAUACCCUUUCUCUUCUGUAAUAUAAGCAUCUCUUUCCAAAUCCCUUCCAAGGGUGGGAAGUGCUGCCUAAUCCUAGUAGCUUUAAGAAGCUUACUUUACAAGUUAAAAUACUGUAAGUAAAGGAUAUACACAACAUUAUAUUUUUUGUUAUCUUAUGCUAUUGGAUUCAUAUCAUAUAUAUUUAUAUAUAUAUAUAUAUGUAAUAUGUUAGGAGAUCAGUGAUUUGUGAAAGUAGCUGAUCUUUUUUCUUUCAUUAUCUCAUCAAUUUAUUCAUGAUGAAGCCUUGUUAUAAAAUUACCAAGUAAGAUGUACUUUUUGUUUA